GCUGUUCAAAAAUAGCUAUAAAUAGUAAAUGAAUUCCCAAUUCUGCCAAAUCACUGUUCCAUUUAAAACAGAGAGGUUUUAACAACUAUUGUCAACCAAAAAAGAUGGAAUUUCCGCAUAUAGGAAAGCACUGCUUUCAGAAAGAUUGUAAACAAUUAGAUUUCCUACCUAUGAAAUGUGAUGCUUGUUCAGAGAUAUUUUGUAAUGACCAUAUUCACUACAACACACAUUCCUGUCCUGAUUCUUACAAGAAGGAUAACCAAGUGCCUGUUUGUCCUCUAUGUAACAAACCAAUUCCUCUAAAGAAAGGAGAGGUACCAGAUACAGUUGUAGGACGACAUAUAGACAGUGACUGUCAGUCAGAUCCUGCUAAAGAAAGAAGAAAAGUAUAUACAAACAAGUGUUCUAUGAAAGGUUGUAAAGUUAAAGAAUUAAUUCCAGUAAAGUGUGAUAAAUGCCAUAAGAACUAUUGUUUACGUCAUAGAUUUGAGGAUGACCAUGAUUGUCAGGGUUACCAAGGUUCAGGGAAAGGAAUGUCUAAUGCUGGUUCUGCUGCUCUGUCACGCCUUCAACAACCUGCCAGUCAAUCUAAAGCUCCGCCUUCUAACGCAAAACCAGCCAAUCGACCUCCACAGCAAAGGACAUUACAUAGUUUAGGAUUUGGGCUUGGAAGUGACUUAGAUAGACAAAGGAGAGAAAGACAGCAACAGGGUACACAGAAUCUUCGAGCAGCUCAGGCAGGUUUGUCAGAAGAAGAAGCUAUGGCUCGUGCAAUACAACAGUCACUAUCUGAAACUCAGGCUACAAAACCCUCCAAUACCAAUAAUACGUGAGUAAUCUUGUAAUUUUGUUAUAAGCAAGUGAUUGGUCGAUUUCAAAUGGACACCAACAUAGUGA